AUUACCAUGUCUUUCCAUAAGGGGACAAGCUCUUCACAUGCUGGACCUACAUGUUCUGGAAAGCAUAUGCUGCAAAUUUGGUAGGCUGCCUUCUGGAAUUCUGGUAAACAAGAUUUGUGACAUAUCAACAGAAAAUUGUGGAGGGAUUGAGGUUGGCGAUAUUAUCUCAGAACUUGAUGGGGUUAUUCUUUACUCCGUAGCACAGUUUACUGCGAUGCUUCUAGAUAAACUGGAGGCUGCAACGGGUACACUGAAUACAGUGACACUCCAGGUUAGUGUGACUAACUACAAUAGUUAUAAUUAUUUGGUUACAAUGUUAAUUCUUUCUAUGUACAACUAAGUAGGCAGUUGUACAAAGACCCACAGAUAAAACUACAUUUGUAGCAAAACUGAAUGUACAAGCGGUUGCCUCUGAUGAA